AUGGCGGAGACCACGCGGCCUGCAGGCUGCCAAGCAACGCAACAGGGCUUACUGACCAGCCUAGAACAAAUAUUUACGAACUUCUGGCUCAAAAUGGAACAUAGGCUGCGGCAGGGAAGUCUGCAGAAAUCUGCAUCAAGCAGUGCACCCCACCGCCCACCGCAAGACCCACAGCAACAACUCACAGCCCUGGUGUGGCCCAAAAUGGCGGGAAGGCGGCAGAGGGCCAGACCGGCAUCCCACCGACACAGAGCGGCGAAAAGGAGAAUACUACUGAAACCAAGCUCCAUCAUGCCCAGAACACCCUCCGUACUGGGGGCAACCAUGCCUCAGCUAAAUGGCUCACCUCAAAGACACCCAUCACGCCCGGAGAUUCAUCGCAUCGAAACACCACCACACGGGCACCCAUGGCGGGUCGCUGCACAGCCCCAACAAGGUAUCGGACGAAUCGCCAAAAGCGCAUUACACCCCUGA